CGGGGGGAGCUGAAGGGGAGGGGUUGGGGGGGGGCGGGGGGGGGUGUGUGUGUCAAUUUGUCAUGGCGUUUCGCCCCCAGCCCUGCGGCGGGAUGUGCUCCCUGGCGCUGUUCCCGCCCCCGGCCCCCCCCGGGGACGUCACCCUCUACGAGUUCAAUAACGCCUUGGUCUGCGGCCGCCUCCACCAGCCGCUGCCGCUCGCCUUCCAGAGCCAGCUCGCUGACCUGCCCGUCCUCAGCCUGCCCAAGGAAACCCUCAAGGCUCACAGCCGCCUGGAGCACAGCACCCGCCCGCCCUUCAUCCACCACCGCGAAUCCCUCUGGAAGAGGUGCCUCAGCGCCUGGCGGGACGUGGGGCUGUGCGGGGUGCUGAAAGAGAUCGCCGGCGCCGAGGAGGAGGCCGCCCGUGCCUCCUCCUCCCAGCCGGUGCCGUGGCCUGAGCACCCAGGGCACCCGGCCUCUCGCCGAAGGUGUGGAAGGGCUGAUGCUCCUUCCCUCCCCGCAGGGCUGCAGUGGGUGAAGACGGGCUCGAGCUACACGCUGGCCGUGUGCCACUGGCUCUCCUCGCUGCAUGGCUCCCUCUUCCCUCACCUCUCGCUAACCAGCGAAGACAUGAUCGCGGCGUUCUCCCAGGCCGUGGACUGGGCCGGCUGCACCGUCCGGGCCUUCGCCUGGCACCCCCACACCAGCAAGUUUGCCGUGGCUCUUCUGGACGACUCCAUUCGGGUCUACAACUCCACCAGCGCCACCAUCCCCUCGCUGAAGCAUCGCCUGCAGAGGAACGUGGCCGCCGUGGCCUGGAAGCCGCUCUGCGCCUCCAUCCUCGCCGUCGCCUGCCAGACCUGCGUCCUGGUGUGGCACCUGGAUCCCACCUCCCUCUCCACGAGACCGUCGUCCGGCUGCGCUCAGGUGCUGUCCUACCCCGGGCACAGCCCUGUCACCAGCCUGGCCUGGGCUCCCAGCGGGGACCUGCUGCUUUCGGCGUCGCCGGUCGACACAGCCAUGCUGGUGUGGGACGUGUCCACCGAAAACUGCGUCCAGCUGCAGUGGUUUGGGGGUGGCGGUGUCACUUACUUGGCUUGGUCACCCGACGGCAGCAAGGUCCUGGCAGCCACUCCCUCCGCGGUGUUCAGAGUGUGGGAGGCUCAGAUGUGGACGUGCGAGCGCUGGCCCACUAUCAAGGGACGCUGCCAGACGGGGUGCUGGAGCCCUGACGGCAGCCGGCUGCUCUUCACGGUGCUGGGCGAGUCCGUCAUCUACUCCUUGUCCUUCUCCGAGUACCGGGGGGAGACACAAGGGCAAGUUGGAGGCUCAAAAACAGCUUCAAUCGUAGCAGAUCUGUCCGAGACCACCUUCGAGACGCUCUACGGGGAGGAGAGGAUCGGAGGAGAAGUCCAUUCCAUGGUGUGGGACCCCACCGGCCAGCGGCUGGCAGUGAUCAUCAGAGGUAAGCGCUGCCCGUCCCGGCGCUGGGCUUUGUCCCCAAAUCCCCCCUCCCCGCUGGCAGGAGGGGCUCAAAAACCCCGCGGGGGUGAGGUUGGGAAGGCAGCGCCCACCCUCCAUCCUCCCUCACCGUGCCUCCGCAUCCUUCGCAAAGGGAUGAAUCCCGAGUUCCCUCCCCACCUCCAGUGGGAUGAAUCGCCCCUCCCAACCCCCCCCCCCCCCACACCCAGCAAGGGCUCGGUGUUCCCACAGCGCCCGCGUUACACCUGGAGCCUCACUGGGGCCUCCUGGCUCCGUUUUUUUAGGAGCAGCCCCUGGGAUAAUCGAGCCAUUCAGGCUCUCCUGGACGUGCUGCGCUCCGAGACAAAGCGGAGCUUUGAGGGAGCACCGAGACACGGUGCUGGGGGGAUGCUGCUGCCUCGGGCUCCCUCUCUGCCCAGGGUGACAGACGAGAGCUGAUGGGCCCAUGCGGGAGCUCGGGGUUUUCUCGCCGUGCUUAAAGCUGGGGGGGGGGGGGAAGCCCGAGGGUACCGGGACUCCUGGAGCUGGCACCCCCCCCCGCCCUCCACACGGGUCCUGUGAGGCUCUUGGUGCUGAAACUGCGAUGGGACGGAGAAAAACCGUCACGCUGGAGAGACGGGGCCCCCACGUCAUGCCUGAGGGGCUGGGGUGCUGCCGAAGCAGCUGCCUCAGCUCUUGCCCAGACCCUUUUUGCCCCAACCUAGCUACCCGAGACCUCAGAGCUGCCUUUAAAUCCCUGAAGGGUCUUUUGAGAGCCCCACCCUGGGAUCCCACUACGCAGUCCGCAGCCGGCUUUUCCCCCCCGCCUCGGUGGCUCCCUGCCCCGGUCUCUGCGGCGUCCAGCUGCUCCCCACAAAAACCUGACCUCCGCGUCCCUGGUCCGGCCUCGAGGGGCCCGUCUGUGCCGUCCUUCGGACGAGGGGAAGCCUCACUGCUCCUCCUCUCCCU